CUCGCUCGCUUGCCAUGCCGGUGGCGGCGCUCGCCUUCCUCCCUUGCGCUGCUCGUCUGGAUCGCUCCCGUAGCCGCGCAAGGAAAGCUGCGCCGGUUUGCCUGGGCUCGGCUCGGGGUGGAUGAACCCCCCACGCCCGGAAAAAGCCGGCUCUGGCUUGCCAGAAAAGCCCCCGGCAGCUGCGCCCGCCCGGACCUCGGCUUGCAAAGAAGUGCCUACGAGGCGAGGAAGCCCCUUCAACCCGAGUGUUUGGUGGGAGUUAUAUGAAGAAAACCUCCUGGAACAUCCAGAGCCACUGACUUCCCACCUUUUGCCAUGGCCAAAUUAGAGACCCUCUCCAUCCUGAGUGAUGCCAGCUACCACAACCAGGAGACCUUCCAUGCCUUCCACCCCAGAAGCUCCGAAUCCACCUCGCAGAGCAGCGUGGGCAGCGGCGUCGCUCACGAAAAAGACUUUGGGGUGAAGAGCCUGGUGGUCACCAGGCCUCAGAACACCAACCAGCCGCUGGACGGGACGCGGAGUAGCUACUCUCUCUCCACGCGUCACGCCGGGGAGGAGAAGUCUCGUUCCAUCUACAUCAACGGGGACUUGCGCAAGUGCGAGAAGGGAAAAAGCGAUGUCGGUGGGAACGUGGCGGCCAACAACGAGAAAAAUAUGCCUCCGCCGCUGCCCCAGUACAGAGAAGCCAAUAAACCACCAAAGAUAUUGCCAGUCUCUGGGAAACUGGACCAGAAUACUGAGCCCUUAGUUAGACCUUCAGCCUUUAAACCAGUUGUUCCUAAAAACUUCCAUUCCAUGCAAAACCUGUGUCCACCGCAGAACAAUGGCGUGGCCACCGAGAACCGCAAGACGUUAAACCACACGCACAGCAAUAGUCCUGCGCCAGUCAAAAGCAGCCUGGAGAAGGCCAGCCUUAACAGGACUACCAACCCAGGAGUUGGUCUCUCCGAUUCUGGCCGCAACUCUUUAACCAGCUUGCCCACGUACGGCACGGGCUACAGCCAGCACGUGGGACCCAUGAGCGCGUCCACCAGUCACAUCAACCGCAUCGGGACCACCUACGGCGAGAAGAACGUUGUGGGAUACAACGGGAUAUCUACCUCAGACAGCGGCCGGUCUUCCACGAAGAGCACCUCUUCCUUCAGCCGACUCAACCAUCUCAACGAAACGAUGCCUUUCCACUCGCCUUCCACGGACGACAUCAUCCAAGACUUGGAGAACCGCCUGUGGGAGAAGGAACAGGAAGUCCUCCAGAUGAGGAGGAACCUGGACAAGAGCGAGGCGGCCAUCUACCAAGUCUUUGAGGAGAAACAAAAGAUUUGGGAACGGGAGAUGGACGAGCUGAGGCAGAACUACGCCAACAAGCUCCAGCAGGUCUCCAAGAAAGCCCAGCGAGCUCAACAAACUCUCCAGCUCCAGAUCUUUAAGCUCCAGCAGGAGAAGAAGAAGCUCCAGGAUGACGUCGCUCAGCUCCUUCAACAGCGAGAAGAGCUGGAGAAGAAAUUUGUGGCUUUCAAAAAAGAACAGGCUGACUUUCUUCCCAAGAUUGAAGAGACCAAAUGGGAGGUGUGCCAAAAGGCAGGUGAGAUCUCCCUGCUGAAGCAACAGCUGAAGGAUUCUCAAGCGGACGUGUCCCAGAAGCUGAACGAGAUCGUUGGGCUGCGUACCCAACUCAAAGAAGGCAAGAGCUUCCUCCGAGAGAAAGAAGAGCAGUUCAUGACUCUGAAGGACUCCUACAGCACCAAAAGCGUCAGCCUGGACUUCUGUGAGAAUGAGCUGCAGCUCAAGAUGGCAGAGGUCCAGAUGCUGAGGGAGAAGCUCAGCCAGUGUGAGCUGGAAGUCUCCAACUUGAAGCAGACCUUGGCUCACCUGGGAGGACACCCCAAUCACGUCGCUUCGGAACUCCCGGAGAAGCUCACGGCGAGGGACCCCUUGGCCUGCGAGAGCGACGAGGCCAAGAUGAAACGGCAGAGCGAGGAGAACCUCAACGCCUUGAGGAGAGAAGUGGAGAGGCUCCAGGCGGAGUUGAAAGCGGAGCGCCAGUUACGGGAGCAGCAGAUUUUGGACUUCGAGGAGGAACGUUGCACGUGGCAAGACGAGAAAGAGAAAGUCAUCAAGUAUCAGAAGCAACUGCAGUUGAACUAUGUGGAGAUGUAUCAGAAGAACCAACUCCUGGAGCACAAGGUGAACGAGAUGGCCAACAAGGCCAACAGCCUCUCCCACGCCGCGGAUGAAAAGAAAACGUGGACUCCAUCCAGACUGGAAAGGAUAGAGUCCACAGAAAUCUAAGGAAAAGAAAACCGAGGCAUUUUGGAGGACAAUGUUUUUUCCUAAUUAUGGUGCCUGUAAUUCAGCUGGAGAUCUUCCCAAGUAGAAUAUGUGACAAAACCAGCAGCCUAAAUCUUUGCACUUGGCCCCUCAGAUAUACUUCGGUGCUCUACAAAUUACUUUUAUGGGGUGGGGAGGUUGGGGGGGGUGGGAAGCCACUGGUGUACUUUUGUGUUCCAGGGAUGGUUUGACAUCAGGAGGUCUUGUGUGUUGUCCUGUGGGCUUUUAGUUGCUGCUCUUUCUGUUCUGACUCCAAUGUGCUACAAUCUCGGCUCCCUUCUUGAAUUCUUCACAUGGCACGCUUAGCUCUGUGGGGUCCUUGGGGCUCUCUGAACUUGGUCGUUUCCUUGCAGAUGUUUCAUGACCCAGCUAGGUAACAUCAUCGAUGUUUUGUAGGAUAAACAGGCAGGAGACCAGCAGAGUGUCUCCAACAGAAGAUGAAAACUCCUACAUAUGGACAUAGAUUUAACUAUAGUUUCAGCUGGGAAAGGGUGAUCGUCUUAGAUCCAUGAUGGCAAACCUAUGGCACGCGUGUCCGAAGUGGCACGCGGAGCCAUGUCGCCUGGCACACACGGCAUCACCCGUUCCUCUUCUGGGUUUCUGGCGCACAUGCACGCACGAUGAUCACGCCUUCGUGCGCGUAGCAGGGCCGGAAACUGUUCUGCCCCAGCUGGAAACUGUUCUGCCCCAGCUACGGAUCCCAAAGAACACAGCACGCACAAACUCUGAACAAAACUUAGUUUACUCAAAUAACGCAGUUUUAGCAAAUGCCAGCUCUUAAUAAGCAUUCUUAACAGCCUGCCAGAAUUCCACAGAUAAGAUAGUUAGAGUCUUACUGGAGUUGGCAGAAAGCUCAGAAGCAAAGUUGCAGAGAUAUCCCAACUCAAUGAUUAGCGAACUAAAGUUGUUUCCUGCAGCUUGUUACAAGCUGUGUGCUUUCUUAAAUAGGCUAAGGGAGUGGCCAAUUAGCCCCAAGCCUUACUCUUGAGGAGACCUCCUCCUGAGGAACCACUCCUGCCUUUUGGCAGCUCUGCGCGCCCGUGCAUUGAGAAGAGGCUCCUCCUCUUCUUCCUCUUCACUUAAAGGAGCCUCUGGAGGUUCUGAAGGCCCUGGCUGAAUCCCUGUCUCUGGCACCACAUCUUCUCCAGCCUCCUCACUGUCCGACUCAAGCGCCAGCUGCACAGGCUGCUGGCGCAGCACCAUACCAGCCUCCUCGUCGUCGGGAUCAGCAACAAUCCGCGCAGGCCGCUGGCGGGCCACAACAGAAACUGGAAAAGCUGAUCUUCUGUUUUUCUGCGUGAUCAUGAGCGCCGGCCACUUUAUCGUCGCACACGCAUGUGUGCCAGAAACCCAAAAGAAUAGCUGGCCGGGGCAACUGGAAGUUUAUUUUCAGGUGCACGUAUGGCCCUGGGCAGCUCCUCGUCUGAAUUGCGACCCAGAUGAGCGUGCAGUGCCGAAAAGAUUCGCCAUCACUGUCCUAGACCAAGUUAAGUCCAUAAAUGCUAGAGAAUUCCUGGAAGCUGGGCACUCCGACAAAUCAGCCAUCAACAGACACAUAGGGGUAAACAACACUUACACGCCAUUCAAAAGAGACAAUCAAAAAGCCCAAAAGGAAACAAAAAACACUUCCUCACCAGCAAUCAUCACCCAGAUAAGGCAGAGAUUAAAACUGAGAUUAAUACUAGACCAAUCCUGAAGAGGCUUGGGGUAUGUACCCCAAUCAAGGAACUACCAACUCAAGCGAACAAUAAACAACAGCCUAACGAAGGAACUACCUGGCAUAACCUCCCACCAGCACCAACUUGUAUAUAAACAGAGAGCAAACCCCACUCCUUUCUAGCACUGAUGAUGUUACCUAGCUGGGUCAUGAAACGUCUGCAAGAAAAGCCCCGAGCUCAGAGAGCACCAAGGACUCCUCAAUUCAACCCGGAGCUACAAAUAUUCUCUUCUAUGAGAAUAGAAGUUCUGAAGUCAGGGCAGGUGGGAUUUUUCUGACCCACCUGCUCUUUUGCUCUAUCCCUCGGUGAAACUCUCUUUUAACUUCCAUCACUCCAGGAGAAGACGGUGUGUGUCUCGCCCAAAGAAUGCCACGUUUCUCUGAGAAAAACGACCAUUCCCAAGCUUCAUUGAGAGGAACCCCUACCUACCUGUUGAGCAGAUUAAAAGUAGUCUUCAAUUAUAGGAUACCUUUUUUUUUUAAGCCUGCCAGAAAUUAAGGGACAUCAUUUGAAAUCCUUUCAGAGUGAUCUUAGGUUCGGAAGCAACCCUGAUCCACCAUCCAUGGAUUGUUGUGACUGGGUCCUUCUGGCACUGUUAUAUAACUGUGGGGUACGGUGAGGUCCUUUAGACCAGGGGUCUCCAACCUUGG